UUAUCUGGGUAGCUGUGUAAUCCUGACUCCUGCCCUUUGUAGGUGUUUGAUUGGCAGGAGGAGCGACUGGGGGCGGAGGGUCAGAGCGACGAAGGACGGAACCAAGUGAAGGAGAGAGGCAGGUUUCAAUCAGAUGAGUGGGUGACGGUGACGGCCACACGCAUACGAGAGGUGGAUGUUGAGCCUCUUGGACUACGACCUGGACAUCAGCCGAGAGUUGUCCAAACCGCAAAAAGUUCCCAUCCCAGAGCGCUACAUAGAAUCUGACCCUGACGAGCCUGCAAGUGCAGAGGAGCUGGAGGAACGUUCCCGCAGGGCCAAGCGCAUCAAGAACCUCCUGGCCAAAUCCAGUGUUCAGAACUUACAGCCAUCUGCACCAUUAGACUUCAGUGAGCUGGACUCAGCUCUGCAGCAGCAGGAGAGGAUCAUGAACGUGUCUCAAACACUGGCCUCAGAGGCAUCAAGGAAGAGCAGACUGGUUGCAGGGACUGAGUGGCUGGAGAGUCGGUGAGCAUGGCUGGUCCAGCCAAAGCUGCUGCAGAGCACUGAUCCACAGCAACGACCAACACCACAAAACAGAAGAGAUUCCUUGUGAAGGGGAAGGAUCUAAUCAUUUUUCAGCAGUUACCAAUGAAUUGAUUCACUUGUAACAAAGCCUUUUCAUAUGACUGAGAACUACAUACAUGUUUCUACAAGAGUGAUGAUUUGUAGAUUUGAAAUAGAGUCAAGUUUUACUGCUUCUGCACUUACAUUGCACAACUAAGUAAUUUAUAACACGAGUGUUUUUUUGUUUUGUUUUGUUUUGAAAUCUGCAAUUACUUGUUGUGCCAUCUGGACUGUAUUUUUUAUCAGUUAACACAAAGACUGUAAUGAAACAUGCUCAGAUAACAGUAGUAAUGAUCUGACAUGAUUUAUUUAUUUCAUUCUGUGGCUUCACCUGCUUUUGAUUUCUACUGUACAUUUUCUCAACACUGUCACACAAUGAUCAUGGUCCUAUCAAUCAACUCAUAUACAGUGGAAUAUAAUGUAAUAGAUUAACACAUGAAAAGUCAUUACACAAAAUAAAUAUUAGAUAAAACAAGUUAA